AAUUUUCGUCCAAACUCGUGCACCGUAUUUAAACUUUGCGUGAGAUUCCGUUACUCGCACAGUGGCUGAGCUUGGGUUAUCAGGCUGACAUUCUUGAUUAAUUUUCCAGAAGCUUCCCACUCCGACGUAUACACUUCCUCCAACUCUUCACUCUAUCUCGUCUCUCCAACACCAAUUCCACCCAUGGCGCAAGAUGGCAAGCGUCCCCUCAAAAUCAUAGCCGGCGCCGACUCCUUCGGGUGCGCUGUCAAGGACGCCCUCCUCGCCCACCUCCGCUCUCUCAACAUCGACGUCGAGGACCUCGGCACCGCCUCCUACUAUUCCGUCGCCGCCGAUGUAGGCCGCUGCGUCAGCUCCGCCGCCGCCGACUCCGCCUCAGAGACGCGAGGCCUCGUUGCAUGCGGCACCGGCGUCGGCGUCUCCAUCUUCGCCAACAAGUUCCCCGGCGUCUUCGCCGCCACUUGCCUCACCCCCGGCGACGCCGAGAACACCCGAUCCAUCAACAACUGCAACGUUCUCGCUGUCUCCGGCAUGUCCACUUCGCCGGAAUCCGCCAUCGAGAUCCUCGAUACUUGGCUGAAAACUCCCUUCAAGGCGCCGUGCCCUGCGUCGGGGUCGAAGCCGUGGCCAUCAGAUAUCGAUUCCUUUCUGGAUAAUUCGGUUUCUGACAUGUCCAAGAUCGGAGUCGCACCAUCCAAAGAAGGAUCUGUGAGCACUUGUGCGAUAUGCUGCCUGGCGAAAAAUCGAGAAUUUAAACCAGUUGAGAUCAUGCCGGGAGGGUCAAUGAAGAUCGUGAGGGAGAGCCCAACAUCAGCAAUAGUGAGGUUUAAGGCAGGGAGUGUGGAGCCGGCGCACCACCACACAUUUGGGCAUGAUUUGGUGGUGAUGAAGGGGAGCAAAAGGGUGUGGAACUUGAGCAAAAGUGAGAAGUACGAUCUGGGUGCCGGAGAUUACUUAUUUACACCAGCUGGCGACGUUCACAGAGUCAAAUAUUUUGAGGAUACAGAGUUCUUCAUUACAUGGGAUGGACAUUGGGAUAUCUUCUUGGAUGAAGACCUUGAUGCUGCCAACGCUGCUGUAGAAAAAGAAUCAACAAAUGGGUCUGCCUAAAGAGACAUGUAUGUAUGAUAAACCCAGUCUUUGAAUACUAUGUAUGUAUGAUAAACUCAGUCUUUGAAUACUAUGUCGUCGUCGUCGUCGUCUGAUGUUUUUGCUUUACACCUGCUGUCUUCAUCUAUGAUAAGUACAAUAAUGGUAUGAGCUUUGGUGUGCGCUUUUGUUUCUGGAA